AUGGCGUCUGCUCUCACCGUCCUCCUCCUCGGCUGCUGGCUGGCCAGGCAGAGUGGGGUGUCGGGAGAGAGAAAUUUUCCCAAGCCCUCCCUGUCUGUGAGCCCCCGGGGGGUGACUGAGCUGGGGGAAAACGUCACGUUCCAGUGUGUGGGGGAGCAGCCAGGCAUGAGGUUUGUUCUGAGUAAAAAUGGAGCCUAUAUAAAGAUUCAGGACCCUUCUGGGAGUGAGGCCAUAUUUCCCAUCCCCAGCGUGGGACCGGAUGACAGCGGACGCUACACCUGCCAGUAUCACACCAAAUCACAAACAACUGGCUGGUCGGAGCCCAGCGACCCCGUGGAGCUGGUGGUACCAGGUGGAUCAGGACAGCUGGUUCUGACUUGGCCCAUCAUUGCUGGGGUGAGCGCGGCGGCCACCGUCCUCCUCCUCGUCCUUCUGGCCUUCGUCUGCUUCAGAAAAACCCGAGCCAACGCCUCCGUCGACAAAGGGAAACAGCCGCAGACCCUGCCCCAGGAGCCCGACCGCGGCGCCGACGGACUCACCUACGCCGAGCUGGACGGCCAGGUGCUGCAGGCCAAGCAGGGGGCCUGGCACCUGCCCCCAAGCCCACCCAGCCCAGAAUGCUUGGUGGAGCUGGGCACCUGGGAGUUGGUGGCAGCGCUGAAGGGUCCCCGCUGCCCCGUCAUGGCAUCUGCUCUCACUGUCCUCAAGCCCAGCUACCCCAAACCCAACAUCUCCCUGAGCCCCAGAGGAGGGGUCUCCCUAGGGGGAGCUGUGACCGUCUGGUGUCUGGGGCAGCGCCGGGGCAUGCGGUUCAUGCUGAAUAAAGAGGGACGCCAUUUCCCACCUGUGGAUUCGAACGGGUUUGAGGUUGUGUUUCCCAUCAGCAAUGUGAGCUGGGAGCACGGCGGGAACUACAGCUGCUCCUAUCACAGCAGAUCGGAGCCGUUCGCCGUGUCGUACCCCAGCGACCCCGUGGAGCUGGUGCUGAGAGAUCCCAGCUUACCCAGACCCUCCAUCUCUCUGAGCCCCACCGGGGUCACCGCCCCAGGGGCAGACGUCACCAUCCGGUGUCAGGGGCAGCGCCGGAACGUGACGUUCUUCCUGCACAAGGCUGGAGACCUGAACCCACAGCAACACAUGGACCCUGCUGGGGACAGGGCCAAGUUCCUCAUUCCCACCGUGGGCCGGCAGCACGGAGGGAGCUACAGCUGCAGCUACCGGCCCCGAUCGGAGCCCUUCGUCUCCUCGCAGCCCAGCGACACCGUGCAGCUGGUGGUAGCAGAGCCCAGCUACCCCAAACCCAACAUCUCCCUGAGCCCGAGGGGGGUCUCCCUGGGGGGAGCCAUGGCUGUCCAGUGUUGGGGGCAGCACCGGGGAAUGCGGUUCGUGCUGAAUAAAGAUGGACGCCAUUUCCAAGCUGUCGAUUCGGACAGGUUUGAGGUUGUAUUUUCCAUCAACAUGUCUCGGGAGUACAGCGGGAACUACAGCUGCUCCUAUCACAGCAGGUCGGAGCCGUUUGCCAUGUCGUACCCCAGCGACCCCGUGGAGCUGGUGAUGAGAGCAGCCCGCCCGGAUUUCACCAACGCCAACAUCGCCCGCCUGGCGCUCGGUGCCGUGGUCCUGCUCAUCUUGGGGCUGAUCCUGGCUGAGGCCUGUUACAGCCGCCCAAGGGGGCGCCCUAGGAGCCUGAAUCCAGCCAUGCAGGGAAGAGAAUCUUCCCGGGGGACAAGUGGCUUCCCCGUGGGGUGCUGAGACACCGGCACAAACCCCCCUGCCCCCAAACACCCCUGCCUCAGAGAAUCUCCCCCACAAACAGCUCUCGACCUGACAGCAGCACCCCAGGAUUGAACCCCCGAUGCCGUGUGUGACGUUGCACUCCAUACAUUUAUGGAAAUAUGCUUAUGAGUGUAACUAUGAUGUAACUGGAAUAUGCUUUAUGCGAAAGGUCUCUUGUAAGGUAUCAUUACAAAGCUUAUGAUCUACUGAGUGUGUUCAUCCUAUUUGUAUAAAUGUAUCUUUCUUGCAUCUAAAACUAGAAAUAUGAAAAGCAACAGAGAGUCCUGUGGCACCUUUAAGACUGACAGAUGUAUUGGAGCAUGCAUCUGACGAAGUGGGUAUUCACCCACGAAAAUGCUCCAAUACAUCUGUUAGUCUUAAAGGUGGCACAGGAUUCUCUCUUGCUUUUUACAGAUCCAGACUAACACGGCUACCCCUCUGAUACUAGAAAUAUGAAGUUAACUCUGAGGUCCUCUUGUAAUCAUGCAAAGUCUGGGCCAUUAAUGGUGGUUUAGAAUCUUGAUGGCUCCCAUUGACUAGGAUGAGUUACUGUAGAUGGCUCUGUUUUCCUGCAAGCUCCACUGCAUACAUGUGGGGCAAUCCUGAAAGAAUGGAGGGGGGCUCAUGGGACAUGUGAUCAUGUCACAGGAUACUGGAAUCCAUCUUUAACCUGGUGCUUUUCCAUUUUGAAGGAGGAGUGGGAACACACAGAGAUAAAAGAUUCCCCCUAUGCCAAAGCUAUAAAAGGGGGUGGAACAGAACAAAGGGGGCUGCCAGUCAUGAGAAAUCCCCUAGUUACCACCUGAGCUGGAGCUAACAAGGACUGUACCAGGGGAAAGGAUUGGGCCCAGACUAGGAAGGAGUCUAGUCUGUGAAAGAAGCUUAUUGGAACAUCACUGAGGAUGAGAUUUACCAAUAUUCAGUUUUUUAAUAUAUUAGGCUUAGACUUGCGUGUUUUGUUUUAUUUUGCUUGGUAACUUACUUUGUUCUGUCUGUUAUUACUUGAAUUCACUUAAACCCUAGUUUUAAUACUUAAUAAAAUCACUUUUGUUUAUUAA